AUGAAAUAUUUGACAAUUAUUUUUAUUUUUAUUUUUUUAACAAUUGUUUCAAUACCUUUUAUUAAUGGUACAGUUAGUGGACCUGAUUUAAAAUCAGGUGAUGAUUGGACAGUACCAAAUUGGGCAACAAUAACAACAAAUUCUGGAUUCUUUUCAGAGGAAAGAACUGCAAAUGUUAAUAUCAAUGUAGGAGUAUUUGAUAUUGCUUGGAAACAAAUUAAUCCAUCAAAAGAUGUUUACACUUUUACAACAAGUGCUUCUGUAAAAGAUAUGACAUUUAGUUCAUUCAAUUCUCAAAAUUCAACAACUAAACAAUUUUGGAUGAGAAUUUGGAAUUCUGGUGUAAAUUGGGCACCAACUUGGAUUCAAUCAUUUUGUAAUGUCGCUAGUAUUGGUCAAGAUUAUGACGGUGAUGCUCAUUUACCAAUUUGGAAUUCUUGUGUUUGGGGAGAAAUUAAAAAAAUGUAUUCACAUAUAUUUUUAGAUUUAAAUAUGCGUGCUGAUCCAAGAUUAAAAUUCAUUUAUGUACCAGGUGCUUUUAAUUGGUGUGAAUUUGAUUUUACUGAAAUUGGAAAUUAUUCAACUUCAACAGGUUAUUCUUAUGCUUCAUUUAAUACAUGGUUUCAACAAGCAAUGAAAGAUUUAGUUGAUAUAUUUGGACCAUAUAGUUAUAAAUUAGUUUAUACAGGUGAAGAUUAUCCAUUUGAUGUUGAUAGUUGGCCAAGUGGAAAGAAUUUAUUAGCAAGAGAUGCAGUUUCAAAAGGUAUGGGUAUUAGAAAUGGUAUUACAGAGAUAUUUAAUUUUCAUUUAUCAGAAAUUCCAGCAUAUGGUGUAACGAUUGAUACAACUAGUGGAUAUUUAAAAUUUAACAAGUCAUGGUUACUUCAAGCAAAUCCAAAUAGAGUUAUUGGUACUGAGAAUGAGUGUUAUAAUGAUUGUGGUUUUACAGUUGCAUCAUCAAAUAUUUAUUAUGCUGUGAAAAUGUCGAAUUUGAAAGCACUACAAAUGGGUGUAAAUUGGCUAUAUUUAGUGGCAUCUAGUAGUUAUCUAAGCACCUACCCCGAUUUUUACAAUUGGAUGCGUUAUUCAUUAGGAAAGCAAUCGACAACAGCAUUCGAUGCAUGGGCGACACUCAGAAAUGCACAAGAUACGUUCUGGAUUUACGACACCUCAUUGAAUUGGCCUGGUAAGCCCUAUAUUAAGAAUUUGGAGACUAAUUUACUUCAAAGGGAUAUCAAGGGCGGUGCAUACACAAAGAAUGGCAGUGUAAAAAAAACUAAUAUUUAUGGUGGAAAUACUGAUUUAGGUAUCUCUUAUGAAGGUAGACAAACUGAUUUGGUAACUGGUAAUAAUACAAUGUCGUUCUUUGUAGAUGACGAUUUUUCAUUUGGUACAAUUUCAAAUGUUCAAAUUAAAGUAACCUAUUUAGAUUUACAAUCUACUCAAUGGUUAAUUAGAUAUAAAGAUAGCAAUAACGUGGUAUCUAACACCUCUUCUGUAUCUGUUGGUACUACAAAUACUUAUUAUACUGCUACAUUUAAUUUCACAUCAAUUCAAUUCACAAACUCAAUUUCAGUUGGCAGAAAUGCUGAUUUUGAAAUCAUCAACACAGGUUCAAAAGAUAUUGAAAUCUUAUUCGUUAGAGUUGUAAAAUUAUCACCUACCACAACUACAGGUAGUACUAUCAAUGAUAGUAGUAAGCUAGAUAUUCCAAAUGAAUCUUCAAUUUUAUCAAUUUCAUUUAUUUUAAUUUUAUUAUUAUCAUCGUCAUUAAUUUUAAUUUAA